AUGCACCUGUAUAGGGAGAGCUGCGAUUCGGAGGUAAACGGAAUCCUCCGUCUCCAUUACCAGAGGCCGUACUUUCUACCCGAGACUUCUGAAGGCUCUCGGAUCGACUGGAUCUUCAUGGGAACACCUGGAUACGGCGCACAUAUGCAUGUGGACCACGUUAAGAACCCAUCUUGGCAGGCGCAGGUCCGAGGGAAGAAACUAUGGUCCUUGAAACCCCCACCGGAAUGCUUCUAUGAAUGCCAUUCCUUCCAAGACAUCGUUCAACCGGGAGAUAUCAUCGUACUGGACACGAACAAGUGGUAUCAUUCCACAUUGAUCGUGUCGGAGGAGAUGAGCAUCACCAUCGGAUCCGAAUACGAUUGA